AUGUCGACUUCGAGCAACUGGGCCUCGACGCCUCCUAUUCCGAGCAACAAGCGACCCAUCGUCUUGUCGGGUCCUUCCGGAGUUGGGAAAAGCACACUGCUCAAGAAGCUCUUUGCAGAGUACCCCAACGACUUUGGCUUUUCCGUCUCGCACACCACAAGGGACCCACGACCAGGUGAGGUGCGCGGUCAAUCGUACCACUACGUCUCGCAGCAAGAGUUCGAAGACCUCGUUCAGCAGGGUGCCUUUCUCGAACACGCCAAGUUUGGCGGCAACCGCUACGGCACCACAGCCAAAGCGGUCGCCGACGUCUCGACCGAAGGCGUGAAAGGCGCAGAUGGUAGCACCAACGCUCGCCGCGCCGUGCUCGACAUCGACGCGCAGGGAGUUAAGCUCAUCAAAGCAAACCACCCCUCGCUCAACCCCAUCUACAUCUUCAUCUCGCCACCUUCCUUUUCGACGCUCAAGCAGAGGUUGAUAGGCCGAGGGACCGAGACGCCUGAAUCGGUGCACAAGAGGCUGACCAUGGCCGCAAGCGAGAUGGAGUAUGCCAGGGAGAAGGGUGCCCACGACUGGAUCAUUGUCAAUGACGAUCUGGACAAGGCGUACACGUUGUUGAAGAAGGCCAUCAACGAGACGCUGCAGAAGGGAGAGGACGACACGAUGCCUGCAAAGGACGAGGACGAGCUGGAAUGGGAAAAGCAGCUCCAACAGUAG